CCGCCAUCUCACGAUAUGACCAAAAACAGGCCCCCACAGCACACACACGGCCGGUAUCAUGAUCAACUAAUACAUAGCAGCUCUCGGUGCCACAGUAGUGGUCUAGUAGUGCUUUUAGUACUUAUUCAGUUCACACAGUUUUAGAGCAAUUCGCGGGAAUAGGAUCAAUUUGUGGAGGGCCCGAAGCAAAAGGGACCGUAGUUAUCAGCGAACAUCCAUCUGCAUAACAAACUAUCAACUCGCACAGUUCGUACGACGAAACGCCCCUCGCCAACGAUCCACGAACGAGAACCCCGCGGCCCGGGACCCGGGCAGAAACACUAUAUGAGCUCAUCGCGCUCAUCGAAGGGGUCAUCUCAACUCUCUACUGAACCACCACCAUGAGCGGCAAACUUGCUUCAGAAUACGAUUCCUGGAAGAAACUCCAGCACAUCUACGACACUGAGCGUUCCAAGCUCGUUCUCAAAGAGCUCUUCGCUCAGGAUCCUGAUCGAUUUUCCAAAUUUUCAGCGGAGUACAACUCUAAGGAUGGCCCCGAUGUUACCUUCCUUCUGGAUUACUCAAAAAAUCUGAUCACGAAACCGAUUCUCGAGACUUUGCUUGCACUCGCUAAGGAAGCAGAAGUCGAGGCAUUUAGAGACAAAAUGUUCGCGGGCGAGCACAUCAACACAUCCGAAGAUCGAGCAGUUCUUCACGUUGCUCUGCGGAACUUCAAUGACUUCAAAAUCGAGGAGGCUGGUACCGAGGAAGUGGACGCCGUCCUUGAGCACAUAAAGAAGUUCACGGACGCGGUCCGAAGUGGAGAAUGGAAGGGCUACACUGGGAAGACCAUCAAUGCCAUCGUCAACAUCGGCAUCGGUGGAUCAGACCUGGGUCCAGUCAUGGUAACUGAAGCGCUUAAGCCUUAUUCCAAGCGUGAUCUCAAAGCGCAUUUUGUGUCCAACAUCGAUGGAACCCACAUCGCCGAGACCCUCCGAGAAUGUGAUCCUGAACGUACUCUCUUCAUCAUUGCUAGCAAGACGUUCACUACACAAGAAACGAUCACCAAUGCCGAGACUGCCAAAACUUGGUUCCUUGAUUCAGCGAAGGAGGGACAGCACGUCGCGAAACACUUCGUGGCGCUCAGCACCAACACCAAGGCCGUUACUGCAUUUGGUAUCGACAAGGAGAACAUGUUCCAAUUCUGGGACUGGGUUGGUGGCAGAUACAGUUUGUGGAGCGCUAUUGGCUUGUCGAUCGCGCUAGUCAUCGGACACGAUAACUUCAAGGCGUUGCUCAAAGGUGCACAUGGAAUGGAUAAGCAUUUCAAAGAGACGCCCCUCGAGAGGAAUCUUCCGGUCUUGCUCGCGAUCGUCGGAAUCUGGUAUACCUCCUUCUAUGGGUCUCAAACUCAUGCCCUUCUCCCAUACGAUCAAUACCUUCACAAGUUCGCGGAUUACUUCCAGCAGGGCGAUAUGGAGUCGAACGGGAAAUCGAUCACAAAAGGUGGCCAGCGCGUGGACUAUCAAACUGGGCCAAUUAUCUGGGGUGCAUCUGGUACCAACGGGCAGCACUCCUUCUAUCAGCUUGUUCACCAGGGUACAAAGUUGAUCCCAGCUGACUUCAUCGCACCCACGACGUCCCACAACCCUAUAGCCAAUUCCAAGCACCACCGCAUCCUCCUCUCCAACUUCUUCGCUCAACCAGAGGCCCUGGCUUUUGGAAAGACGGAAGAACAGGUCCGCCAGGAUUUGGGACCGAAUGCUUCCGAAGCUCUGGUAAAGAGUAAAAUCUUCGAAGGCAACAGACCUAGCAACUCGAUUAUGUUCCCACUUUUGACACCUGCAACGCUCGGUGCCAUUAUUGCGAUGUACGAACACAAGAUAUUCGUCCAGGGUAUCGUUUGGGGUAUCAAUUCAUUCGAUCAAAUGGGCGUUGAACUCGGCAAGGUCCUGGCGAAGAGCAUUCUUUCUCAGUUGGACAAACCAGAAGACGUCAAAGGACAUGACAGCUCGACCACCGGAUUGAUUCAUUACUACCAGAAAUACAGGAAGGAGUAAAAGAGGCCGUGCUACCAAAGUAUGUGGACCAUCAUUAGAACACGAUGACCGUUAAGGAGGUAAAAAAACAAUGGAUGUAUGUAAAUGUAUAUCAGACGACUUUAUAUCAGACGACUUUGUUUCCUAGCUCA